GUCCAGCUCCCAACGGCCUCCCUCGAACCUUAGGCAAGUUUUGUAAGAAACCAAGCUUUGGUCAGAGGAAAAGUAAGCAGAUUGCCCACAACAAAAGUAAAAUCAAGAUGAGUAGAAGUUCAUCUGGCUACAAAGUUUUUGUUGGGCGUAUUCCCAACGAUGCAAGAACAAGAGACCUGGAAAAUUUCUUCAAAGAUCAUGGUUUUUCAAAGUGCAUUCGAGACAUCAACUUGAAAAACGGGUUUGCCUUUGUUGAAUUUGAUGACUAUAGAGAUGCAGAUGAUGCAGUGUAUGAAUUAAAUCACAAAGAGCUCCUUGGAACCAGAAUUGCACUUGAACAUGCCAGACCAAACAAAGAAAAAUAUGAUAGAAGAGACAGGUUUGAUAGAUAUGGUGGAGGAGGAGGAGGAGGAAGAGGUGGAGGCUUCAGAUUUAGAGAUAAGUACGGAUCACCAUAUAAUACUGACUACAGAGUGAUCGUAGAGAAUUUGUCUACAAGAGCUGGUUGGCAGGACCUAAAAGACUAUUUUAGACAACAUGGGGAAGUAACCUUUACAAAAUGUCACAGAGAAAAAGUUGGAGAAGGGGUUGUUGAGUUUGCAAGAUACAGUGAUGUGAAAGAAUCUAUACGGAAACUGGAUGGAACAGAACUUAUGGGAAAACGCAUCAGACUCAUUGAUGACACACCAAAAGAUAUGCGCAAAGGACGCUCUGCCUCCAGAUCUCGAUCAAGGUCAAGAUCCCCAAGGAGAAGAUCCUAUGAACGAUCCAGAUCAAGGUCGCCAAGAAGGCGCUCAUAUGAAAGAUCUCGUUCUCGCUCAAAAUCCCCAGAUCUACAGAAGGAGGACUAAAAAUCUGGAUCAUCUUCAAAGAAGAAAUAUACUUAUGGACAUGAAAUCUUUUAGAUAAAUAGUGAAACUUUUUAAAGAUUUUUUGAUUUGCCUAAGAGUUUUGUCUAAGAGAUAUUGGCAACAUCUGUCAACAUAAUAAAUCCUCAUGUAAAUCAUUAUGUGCUUUUAUUUCAUUCACUUUCCACUUUUCUUGUAAUAAGAAGACUUACAGUAGUUGUUUCAAAUGUAAAUCUGCAUUUUC